AUGGAGCCCAACAACAGUCCAAAUAUGAAGCCCAGGCCCAAAGCUCCAUUUCAUCAGCGUCUCUGUGUCUCUCUGAGUCUUAAGAGUGAUCAUUUGGAGAUGGAGCAGACGGAGAAAGAGACGGUAAGAGCGGCUUCGGAGGAGGUUUCUCGGGAAUUCAAAACCCUUAUCAACGCUGAGGAUUUGGACUCCCUCAAGCAAUUGCAGCACCUUAUAUUGGGAAGAUUGCAGGAUAGCAAUGCAGUGCUGUCGCAUUUCAAUGAGUAUUCAGAGCAUUGCUUUGCUGAGGUUUCUGGAGACUUAUCUAGAAAUACACGUCUUUUGAGGUCUAUGAAGUCAGAUCUUGAUUACAUAUUUCAGAAACUAAGAAGCAUGAAAUCGAGGAUUUUGGCUACCUAUCCAGACGCAUUUCCAGAUGGUUCAACUGGAGAAGUACUUGACCGGAGACCAGACCUUGAAACUCCUCACUAACACUUGACAAGUUCUUAGGAAAAUGCAUCGCUAUGCUAUCACUUGGGAAAUGCAAUGAAAAUGAUUUAUUAUUUUAUUAUUUUUAUUUUUAUGUGUUUCAUCCUGUUCAGAACUAAACCCACCGCUGUGAUCCAUGAAAGAAGUGUAUAGAGCAUAAAUAAAAAGUAUGCAUAUAUGUUUUUUUA